CUCUGUUGACAUGAAUUUAUCCCGUCGGGAAAACUCGGGACGUAUCGCGAUACUGGAGGCGGAGGAGAGCUACGGUGAAGUGUCGGUUUGAACGGAGCAUUUAACGGGUUUCAGCGGCAGCAGAAUGUCCUCCUGGCGGAUCCUCUGCCUCGCGGCUCUCGCCUUCUUCCAGAGCUCCACGUCGGCCGAGAAGCGGAGGCUGUCUCCAGAAAACCUGCUGGUGAUCACCGCGGCAACCGAGGAGACGGAUGGAUUCCAGCGCUUCAUGAGGACAGCGAGAGAAUUCAACUAUACGGUGAAGGUGCUGGGUCUGGGGGAGGACUGGAAGGGAGGAGACGUUGCACGGACAGUUGGUGGAGGUCAGAAGGUCCGAUGGCUGAAGAAGGAGCUGCUCAAACACUCAGACAACAAGGACCUGGUCGUCAUGUUCGUGGACAGUUACGACGUGAUCUUUGCGUCCGGACCCGAGGAGCUGCUCUCCAAGUUCUCCCGACUCGGUCACCAGGUGGUUUUCUCAGCUGAAGGUUUCUGCUGGCCCGACCAGCGCCUGGCCUCCAAAUACCCCGAAGUGCAUUCUGGGAAACGCUACCUGAACUCCGGAGGGUUCAUCGGCUUCGCUGCGGACCUCAGCGCCAUCGUCCAGCAGUGGAAGUACAAAGACAACGACGACGACCAGCUGUUCUACACCAGGAUCUUCCUGGACAAGACGCAGAGGACCAAGUUCAAUAUAACUCUGGAUCAUCGCUCCAGAAUCUUCCAGAACCUGAACGGAGCUGUUGAUGAGGUGGUCCUGAAGUUUGAGCGGGCGAAGGUCCGAGCGAGGAACGUGGCCUACGACACGCUGCCCGUCAUCAUCCACGGCAACGGACCCACCAAGCUGCAGCUGAACUACCUGGGAAACUAUGUCCCCACGGCCUGGACCUACGAGAACGGCUGUGGGAUCUGCGACGAUGAUCUGCUGUUCUUCACCGACGUACCUGACGAGGAGCUGCCGCUGGUGUACGUAGCCGUCUUCAUCGAACACGCCACGCCCUUCAUGGAGGAGUUCCUGGACCGACUGACCACGCUGAACUACCCGACCGACAGGAUCCGCCUCUUCAUCCACAACAACGUGGUGUACCACGAGCGCCACAUCCAGAAGUUCUGGGAGCGAUACCGGGCCCUGUUCCCUGACGCCCUGCUGGUCGGACCAGAGGAGGACCUGAAGGAGGACAAGGCCAGAACCAUGGCUGUCGAGGCCUGUAAGAAGGAUCCAGAGUGCGACUACUACUUCAGCAUUGACUCCGACGUGGCUUUAACGAACCCUGACACUCUGAGGAUCCUGAUCGAGGAGAACAAGUCGGUGAUAGCGCCAAUGCUGUCCAAACAUGGGAAGCUGUGGAGCAACUUCUGGGGCGCUCUGAGUCCUGAAGGAUAUUACUCCAGAUCUGAGGACUACAUUGAGAUCGUACAGGGCAAGAGGAUCGGUCUGUGGAACGUGCCUUACAUCACUCAGGCUUACCUGAUCAAAGGCAGCAUGCUGCGAUCCAAACUGUCCCAGGUGAGCCUGUAUGUGGACGAUGGGAUGGACCCAGACAUGGUGUUCUGUCGGAGCAUCCGAGACCAGGGCGUCUUCAUGUUUGUGUCCAACCGGGACGAGUUUGGUCGUUUGGUGGCGUCGGCCAACUUCAACACGUCCAGGCUGCACCCGGACAUGUGGCAGAUCUUUGACAACCCCAUGGACUGGAAGGAGAAAUAUGUCCACGAGAACUACUCCAAGAUCUUCGAGGAUGAGAAGAGCUUCGUGGAGCAGCCCUGUCCAGAUGUUUACUGGUUUCCAGCUUUCUCAGAAAAGAUGUGUGACCAUCUGGUGGAGACCAUGGAGGACUAUGGCGAGUGGUCUGGAGGAUCACACAAGGACGAGCGACUGGCCGGCGGUUAUGAAAACGUCCCGACUGUGGACAUCCACAUGAACCAGAUUGGCUUUGAGAAGGAGUGGCUCAAAUUUCUCAAAGAGUACAUCGCUCCAGUCACCGAAAAACUGUAUCCAGGAUAUUACCCCAAGGCUCAGGCCAUCAUGAACUUUGUGGUGCGUUACCGUCCUGAUGAGCAGCCGUCUCUGCGGCCGCAUCACGACUCCUCCACUUUCACCAUCAACAUCGCCUUGAACAAUAAAGGCGUCGACUAUGAGGGCGGAGGCUGCAAGUUCCUGAGGUACGACUGUAAGGUGGAGUCUCCCAGGAAGGGCUGGUCCUUCAUGCACCCCGGCCGCCUGACGCACUACCACGAAGGGCUUCCCACCACCAGGGGGACCAGAUAUAUCAUGGUGUCUUUUGUGGACCCCUAACAAAACCCCUAAGCUGUGUGUGCAUGUGUGAGUGAGAGUGUGUGAGAGAACAUCAAUCAACCUCAUCAUCACAAACAAAAACAGAUGUGGUGACCCUGAACGCAUCGCCUUGUUUUAAAUCAUUUCAACGUGUCUUCUCGUCAGGUGGUCCGACACAUUUCUGUCUCCAUGGCCACUGUUAUGAGAGACCUGUUGUUGUUGUUGACAUUUCACAGUAAGCAUUGACUUAUUUUUAUUCAGAACAAGCAGUCGCGACACCACACAGCAGAUUAUGUGGUCCUGCCAAGCAUUUCAAAAUAAGAGCCUCUCAUAGAGGUCACAAUCAGUCGUCACCAUGCUGCCUUACCUUGAUGCCUGAAUCUAUGCAAGAACACACUCCAUGAUUGUUUGUCUGUCUGUGUGUGCUGGUGCUGUCCAUUAAACUAUACAAACAGCAGGUGGCGUUGCUCCUGCAGGUAACAGCAUGUGUCUGCAGUUUUAGGACCUUUGUCUUUUUGCGUCAACUCAGCCUCCUGAAUUUUGCUACAAUGCUCCAAAAUUCCAACCAGAAUAUAGGUGGUGCUCCACUUACAUCACAAUUCCAUGCCUACGCCGCGACGUAACUCGAUUUUACCAUAAGUUGGAACUCGCACACGGUGUCGAAUGUGGCGUACGACCUGUGAAUGUAAACAAAGCCGUCUUCCUCUUAUAGCGCUGCGUGACGACGUAUUCAUCCGCUCCACUCGCCAACUAGUUCCAGUGCGGAAUUUGUGUUAAAGUUACAAAUGCCGUAUGUCAGAAUGAUGGAACAAGACUUUCUUCACAAAUUUAUGGGUGAUGGUAACGUAACCAUGAAAGGCUGUAGGUCGAGGACGUCAUAAACCGAGGACCUGCUGUACUACAUUAUGUCCUGGAGGUGAACUUGUUCAGCAAAUUCUGUAAUUAGCAUAAUGAGGUCAUUUUCAGGUAAGAUCCCAAACGGAUCGUCUGAGAUCAGACGGUUGAAAAGUCAUUGUUAGCUUGGGGAUAUCCCCAAGCUAACAAUGACUUUUCUGGCCAGAAAUGUGGUCCUUCCUGCAACAGGUGCUUCUUCAUUAUGGUUCGUGUCCACAGGAUCCGUCAAUUUCUCGCAUCCCAUUCAUUGUCUACAUGAAACGCACCGCAAUGAAUGCUGGUUCUGUUGCGGUGCAUUUCGAAAGUCCAAAGCAUUGUGAAACUUUGGUGAAACUGUCGCCUCUUAACUAAAACGAGGACAGAUUGAGCAGAUUAUUUCUCGCGUCAAAUGCUUUCAGAAAUACUUUUUGCUGAACUGUUUUUGGAAUAAAAGAAAGUUUGUGACCGAACCGUCAUGUUGGUCCGAUGCUUCUAACAUACUGCAGCCCAAAGCGCUGUCAUGUGACCAGCUAGUGAUCCGCCCACCAAGCUGGCAAUUUUCAGAUGCGGCAUGUUUACAUGUGAGAAAAACGGAUCCUGUGGACACGUACCGUAAUAUGUCGGAUGUUAACGUGUCAGACGCUAACAUGCUGGAUGUUAAUGUGCUGGACGCUAAUGUGCCAUUGCUAACAUGCCAGGCACUAAAAUGUCAUUGCUAACAUGCCGGACGCUAGCGUGUCAUUGCUAACGUGCCGGACACUAACAUAUCUUACGCUAACAUGUUGGACGCUAACAUGUCGUUAUCGUACCGGACAAUGAUUUGUCAGAUGUUAACGUGUCAUUGCUAACGUGCCGGACACUAACAUAUCUUACGCUAACAUGUUGGACGCUAACAUGUCGUUAUCGUACCGGACAAUGAUUUGUCAGAUGUUAACGUGUCAUUGCUAACGUGCCAGACACUAACAUAUCUUGCGCUAACAUGUCAGAUGAUAACGUGUCAUCGCUAACGUGUCAUCGCUAACAUGUUGGAUGUUAACGUGCCAGACACUAUAGUGUCUUUUCCUAUCAUGUCAGAUGCUAACAUGUUGUCGCUAACGUGCCGGACACUAACAUAUCUUCCGCUAACCUGUCCGCUGCUAAUGUGGCGUCGCUAACGUGUGUUCAAUAACAUGCCAGACAUUAACAUGCCAGAUACUAACAUCAGAAAUGUGGUCCUUCCUGCAACAGGUGCUGCUCCCUCAGUUAUUUCAGUAGGUGGCGCUGUCGUGAUAAACAAGGUCCUAGAAAUGCGAUGCUGCAGCUGUGGUCCUGGAAAUGCAGCUCCUGCAGGGGGCGCUGCUCUCUGGUAGUCCCAGCACACAGAGUCCUCUACAGGAUGAUGUUCCGUGUUUGUUGUUACCGUGGCAACCAGCAGCUGACUGGGUCAAUCAGAGGGUCUGUUAGAGUUGAAGUCUGUAGAGUGAAUGUGUUGUAGAGAGCAGAACUUUAAAGUCUGUAAACUGAGUUUUCAGGGGGUGAAACUCCACUUUGAGAUGUUUUAAACUGUUACCGGGGAAACGCUAAAGGCCUUUUUAUAUUUCACAUCCUAAUCUUUGUUGUUUAGUUUUUUAAAUCCACCUCUUCGUGUUUCCGUCAUGGUGCCAAACUGUCAUCUCCUCGCAGGAUAUUUUAAAAAAGCAAAAGUUUGUCUGUGUGGGGAGCGAGAUUUCCACCCGACGCCUCGAGUUUUCAGUCCAUACGAGGAAUCAGCUUUGUACAAACUGCAUUAAAUUAUUGUGUUGAGAUUUUAAUUAAAAAAAAAAAAACUGUGCUGAAA